CUCUCGCCAGGCGAGCCUCCCUACCCGGGGCUGUCGCACUCAGGUCACGGCAAUGCGCAUCCCUCAAGGUAUGGUGUUAGACUGCCACCAGAUAAGUCGGCUGCGAUGCGCCGAAUUGCUACCCCCGGUUACCAAGGAGACCCUCAGCGAGCUGGAUCUUGAACGCAUCAUGCGGAAUAUUCACCUCCGAACCGAUGCAAACUUUGAGCCAGACCUUCACUUCAAACCCGAUUUAGACGGAGAAAAAGGAAGAAAGAAGCGGAAAAUUGCAGACGAUUACUGGGAAGCUUUGUUAGUAGAGAUCAUGAUAUACGCAUAUGUCAAUAUGAACGGUUCUCAAACGGAUGACAUCUCACUCGUUCAAAUUCCUGAUUCAGAAAUCCUCAAAGAAGGCCUCUUCCGGCCACGACUACCCAUGAUGUUCGAGACCUUGCAAGAAAUCCUCAAAACCCUCGUGCCUGAGCGAGACCAUGCUAGUGUGACUGAAAACUUGGAUGUCUCCCUUCUCAUGCAGCAGGUCCGGAAGGGCGUCCUUGAUCUACCAAAUCUCUCCAGCUGGCUGGCAGCUCUCUUGAAAACGCAUUGUGCUCCGAUGAGAGAUCAAAAUGCAGAUGAAAUGGUGUCACACAUUUCUGAAGGGUCCGCUUCUCAAGACAUGGCAAAGGUAGCCAUGGGCCUGAGGACCUUGUUUGGUAUAUUGGAGAUGAUGAAGCUGGAUGUUGCAAAUCAUCAAAUCCGUGCAUUUCGUCUCAUUCUUAUUGAGGACACUGUUCCGUUUCUCCAGGAUUAUUUCUGCAGACAGAUAACCUCGCGUGAGCUCAAAAUCGAAGGAACUAAAGCAUGGUAUCAGGAUGGACAGAAGCGAAUAGCAGACCUACCCAAGGAAUUUGCAACCAGAAAAUUCUCUCCAGUUGCGGUUUUGUUGCGAGGAUUAUGCGAACUCUUGCUCCAAGGCGACGAUGAUGUGAAAUUCCCACAGGCCUUUCAGUUUGAUAACCACCGCUUAUGGCAACUUCGAACCGAAGUACAAAACCUUAUCAAUAUCCACGUCUGCUGGUCGAUCUUCGAGUCUAUGGUUACUAACACACCCUACGGGCACUCAUACACACGCUCCCAUCUACUUUCUACUUUCAUGAUGCGAAUCUCAGCCUUGCUAAAUGAAAUUGAUGUGUCGUCAAACCAAGGCCCAAAAUUAGGAACCCGUCUGCCGAAUGACGCCAGCAUCGCGGUCGAAAUGGCUCGGCUAGUUUGUGAGGUGAACCGAAGUACCGGUGAAGUAUCAGAUGAAGCCUUGAGCACAGUCGAAACCGCAUUGAAGAAAUCUUUCACCGAAGACUCGUUCACCUUUCGGCUCGUUCAAAACUGCGUGCGGCAGCAAUUGCAGCAUACAACCUACGAACUUGCGCAAAGAUACAUCUCCAUGUCACCACUUGAGAUCUGUGAAUCGCAACGGGCACGUCAACUUCUUCGAUCUCAACCGUCUGAUCUCGGGUAUAUUGCGACAAAGCUUGCUCACAUUGGCGUCUUGCACUGGCGAGUAUGGGCACCGUUGGUAUAUAUGGCCGAGACUCCAUGAACUUGAUGCCAGUUUCUUGGUCUCGGCGUUAGCUUGUAUACUUUUCUUUUGUGUUAUUUGUUUUCUAACGGAUUGAUCUGCAUUAUUCUUGGCGCCUGGAUCCUGUCUUUUCUUGGCGUUCUACAUAUUGAUUUGACUUGGUAGUCAUUCGCAGUGGCACUGGUUGGUUCUAGUCUUGGCAUUCAAUGGCGCAUGGAGAUAAGCGAUGCGCCAAAUAGUUGGUCCGAGCAAGCUUAGCAUACCUGGUUUUGUGUAGUAUAGCAUUUUGUUUUAGCACGAGUAUGUAAAUAGAGUUGAUAUAUGCAGACCUGACCCACCAGGCUGAGCACAGCCUAACAGCAUUUCACGAA